UGUCAGAGCAAAGCGCCAGUUCAAAAUUGAGGCGUUCAAGACUGUCUUCUGGGAAUAACUGUCAACUCCACCGGUAUGGGUCAUUUCUCAUAAUUGUCUUUGUCCAUGUAUUGUGCCAGGACUGCACGUCGCGGCCUGCAAUGGCUCAGCAUCAUUGCGCAACCAUCGAGAAGGAGCUACAUCACAGACGCUGAAGUAGCUGAAGCACGACAGUAUUGCGUAGAGCAAUUGAGAAAGUCAGAUUACGAUUCAUACCUUAUUCGAAAUUUCGUCCCGAGAUUUCGCCAGGAUGCCUACGAUGCGCUUCGAGCCUUCAACCUUGAAUUAGUGCGAUUACCCGAGCUCGUAUCGAAUCCCACCGUGGGACAGAUGAGGAUGCAGUUCUGGCGAGAUGCUGUCAACAACACCUGUGCCGGUCGACCACCGAAGGAGCCCAUCAUGAUCCUGCUUCAUAAAGUCCUGACUGGGCUUAAGGAGACAUAUACUGAUCACAGUCCGAAUUCUAUCAAAUUCUGGAUGUUGAGGAUCAUCAACACGCGGGAGAAGUAUAUGGACAAUCGUCCUUUCACCAGCAUGGGCGCAUUGGAGGAGUAUGCCGAGAACACAUAUUCAACCUUGAUGUAUUCGACUCUGGCUGCUUUGCCCAUCCAAUCCAUGCAUGUCGACCAUCUCGCAAGUCACAUCGGUAAGGCCUGUGGCAUCGUUGCCGUUCUGAGAGGCAUUCCUAUAUUGGCUUCACCGGGGCCGCCCAUCAAGUCACCCCAUGGAAACGAAGUUGGUGGAGGAAGAAGUCCUGUUCUGCUUCUCCCCUUGGAUGUCAUGACCGAGGUGGGGCUCAGAGAAGAGGAUGUGUACCGAUAUGGUCCACAAGCAGAGGGAUUCCAAGAUGCUGUUUUCAAAGUAGCUACUAGGGCAAACGAUCACCUCAUCACUGCCAGGGAAAUGUUGAAAAAUGUCCAAGCUGGAGAGGACCCAGGCCAUGAGUAUGAGCAUCAGGGGGAAGCCGAGCACAACUAUGUGGAUGAUGAGCUCGAGAGUGACCAAACAAAUAGAGAUCUCCGACAAGGCUUUGGUGUCUUACUUGAGGGCGUACCAGCUGGCGAUUAUUUGUCAAGACUGGAGGCUACCAACUUUGACCCAUUUGCUGUGCGGAGUAGUUGGAAGCUGCCGUGGAAGAUCUGGAGAUCUAUGAAGACGCAUCAAAUAUGAAACAGUUGGAUCAUAUUAACAAAUUUCGCAGUGUAUGUAAAUCUGUAGGACACUUGUAGUAUUCAUGACAACUGUGAACAACUUGCCCGUGUCGCCCUGAUAACAUUGGAAUGCGAGACCCAUGAACAGGGCAUUUGUUGCCGAAUCUCGCCGGGUCCAUCGCUCCGUCUAUACUAUGCUACCGCGUGUACGCCCAGUUACGCGACUCCCAUGUACCUCUCCAGUCAUGUUUGCAAUAGAGGAAAAGACGUGAGAGCUAG